AAUGACAUCUUCUCUUUGCUUUCUGGUACCCAAGCGCCCAAAAGUGCCAUCGCUACAGCCUAUGCCCCAUCGGGAGCCACUUGAAAGCCCAGGUGGAAGGUCGCCCAUGCCUAGCCCACCUUCGGCGUCACCCGUGGCCUUACCUGGCGUUGCCAGGGUUGCGCCUGGUGUUGUCUUAGAACCAGCACCAAAGUCGCCUCCCUUUCAGUAA